AUGAUAACACGUCUAACAAGACCGAUCAUCAGCGGCUGUUCAAACUUGCAUAAACGGCUAUGCUCGGCGGCAGCCAACUCGUCCAUCCAGCACACCCUACGCGUGGCUGAACAAAUCGAGAAGAAACGAGCGGCGGCGUUGCUCGGUGGCGGUCAAGCCCGAAUCGACGCUCAACACAAGCGUGGAAAGCUGACUGCCCGCGAGCGGGUCAAUUUGCUGCUGGAUAAAGGGACGUUUCGCGAGUAUGACAUGUUUGCCGAGCAUACAUGCACAGAGUUUGGCAUGGAAAAAGAGAAGUAUGCCGGUGAUUCUGUGGUGACGGGCCGUGGAGAGAUUUCCGGGCGCACAGUGUUUGUCUUUUCUCAGGAUUUUACCGUGUUCGGCGGAUCCCUUUCAUCGGUGCAUGCGCGCAAGGUCUGCAAGAUUAUGGAUGAGGCGAUGCGUGUCGGCGCGCCAGUGAUCGGGCUCAAUGAUUCUGGCGGUGCCCGCAUCCAAGAGGGCGUCGAAUCUCUCGCAGGAUAUGCCGAUAUUUUCCAGCGCAACGUGCUCGCUUCUGGCGUCGUCCCUCAGAUUUCGAUGAUUAUGGGUCCAUGUGCUGGUGGGGCUGUCUAUUCCCCCGCGCUCACCGACUUCACGUUUAUGGUUAGGGACUCUUCUUACCUCUUCAUCACUGGGCCCGAAGUCGUCAAGGCCGUAACGAAUGAAGAGGUGACGCAAGAAGAACUCGGUGGAGCAAAGACGCACACGACAACCUCCGGUGUCGCCCACGGGGCCUUCGAAAAUGACGUGGAUGCUCUGAUGUCGCUUCGCGAGUUGUUCAACUAUCUUCCGCUAUCGAACAAGGACGCCUCUCCUAUCCGAGCCGUUGAUGAUCAAUGGGAUAGAGAAGUCAAAUCGCUCGACACCGUUGUCCCGUUGGAAAGCACGGCUGCAUACAACAUGAAAGACGUUGUAACUGCUUUGGUGGAUGAGGGCGACUUCUUCGAGAUCAUGCCCGAAUAUGCCAAGAACCUGGUCAUCGGAUUCGCCCGGAUGAAUGGCCGGACCGUGGGAAUCGUGGGAAACAACCCAAAAUUCGCCGCUGGUUGUCUGGAUAUAAAUUCUUCUGUCAAGGGUGCGCGCUUCGUCCGUUUCUGCACAGCCCAGGAAUACGGCGGCAUCAUUCGUCAUGGCGCCAAGCUGCUCUAUGCUUUCGCCGAGGCCACCGUGCCCAAGAUUACGAUUAUCACACGCAAAGCUUAUGGUGGAGCCUAUGACGUGAUGUCGAGCAAGCAUUUGAGGGGAGACAGGAACUAUGCGUGGCCAUCUGCUGAGGUGGCGGUCAUGGGGGCAAAGGGUGCCGUCCAGAUCCUGUUCCGCAAGGACAAGGCCAAUCACGCGAAACACGAGGCCGAAUAUAUUGAGCUGUUCGGCAACCCCUUCCCAGCGGCAGUUAGGGGCUUCGUCGACGACAUCAUCGUCCCAUCAACGACGCGUCGCCGUAUCUGCGAAGACUUGAAUCUGCUCGAGUCGAAGAAAGUCAAGAAUCCGAAGCGAAAGCACGGAAACAUUCCCCUU